UGUUUCACUAAGUCUGCACUGGUCAGCCGUCUGGAGAAGAUUUUCCAGGCCAGUUUUGAGCUGGGUGUCGCCCCUCAGGUGGAGGAACAGGUGACCAUGCUCAGCACCUUCCUCCAACCUCCUGACACAUCACAACAGGAGGACGCUGACAGAGGGCCGACCAAUGGGGCACUGCGGAACGUUUGGCAGCAGCUACAGGAUGUUAAUAAUGCCUACGGCCUCCGGUACCAGUGGGGCGGCUCUCAUACCAAUAAAGCACUGCUCUGCUCGCUUGGUAUCGACACCAGAAACAUACUGUUCACGGGCCAUAAAAAGCAGCCUGUAAUUGUGCCAAUGUAUGCUGCCAGUCUGGGGAUGCUGGAACCCACGAAAGAGCCGGUGAAGCCCGUCUCCGCCGCUGAAAUGAUCGCCUCAAUAGCACAAUCUCCUUCAGUCGCCACGGAGCUGAACACCUGUCCACCUGACACCGCCCAGGAGUCUCUUCCUCCCGUUCAGUUUGACUGGAGCAGCAGUGGCCUUACAAACCCUCUGGACGCGAGUGGAGGCUCCUCUCUGCUCAACCUCGAUUUUUUCGGCCCUGUGGACGAGUCGCCCUCCGGCACGGCCACCUCCAUACCAGGCGUGGACCCGGAGCUGUACGAGUUGACCCAAGCGAAGCUGGAUGUCAGCGGAGGCAGCAGUAGAGUUGUGGAUGCGUUCGCUCGCCUCAUGUCGACCGUUGAGAAGACCAGCACCUCCACCAGCAGAAAGCCUGUGCAGAAGGAGGAGAAUCUGAGCGAAGAGGCUCGGCGAGUGAUCUCAGGUCUGCCGGAUCUGUCGUUCAUGCAGGCUAAAGUCCUCAUGUUCCCCUCCACGCUGACUCCUCUCCUCCCCUCCUCCUCGCCCGACUGACGCGGUCCUCUCCUCCGUGCCGUUUCACCUCUUUCUCGGUGUAUCGCUCUCCAGCUUUUCACGAAACGGACCGUUAUGAUUUUAAUUUCAUCCUUUUGGUCUUCUAGCUCCUGUUUGUCAUGUACCUGGGCGUUUUUACGUUCAAAAACAUUGUCUAUGUUAGAGAGAGUGGAUGAGACAAUCGAUUAAUGAUCGAUCGCUUUAGAGGAGAAAAGACUAGAUCAUUUUAUUUGUAGGAUGAGAGUAGGAAAAGAGUUUGUGUUUAUAUUAGAGCCAAUCUGUAUAUAAUCAGGGAUGAUUUUGUUUCGCGUAUUCUUCACAGUUAAGAUAGUCUGUAUGAGAGAGAAAGAGGCACUUUGUUAUUUUCAGGUCGUUUGUUUUUAUGAAACACUG